AAUUCUAUAACAAUAUAUAUAUCUAUAACAAGAAAUUCAAAAAACACGUAUUACAAGAACUUUUGCAUAACGAACUUUUGAAUUAUUUGUACGAUAAUCGCGUCAAAAUAAGUUCGAUACAUUGUUAGGUUAAGUGAGGUAUCGAAGAACCGAUUUGAGUAGUUCGAUAAGCCGAUUUCAAUGAACGAUACUCUGAACUGGGCCAGCACAACUCUACAAUCAAUCCAUAAACAAAAAAAUCUUGUGUAUAAACUAAAAAACAAAAAACGGAUGCGGAAGUAAAUAAAAUAAUAAAUGCGUAAAACUUUACAUUUGGCAAUUGUCAAUUGUUAACUUCCACCGGAGCAUGGGAUAUUAGGGUCCUGCAUUACUUGUUAUAGAAAGAAAGAAAAAACCAACAACGCAUUUAAUCAAUGUUCUCCAACGGGCUGCCCUGCAACCUGUCAUUUCCGAGCUGCCUAAGUGUCCCAAAAGAUGGCAACGAGGAGCUCUUGCCAUCCAAUAUGGGGACAAGAGAACCAGUUAUCCUCAAUGUUUAUGAUAUGUAUUGGAUUAAUGAAUAUACCACUUCAAUUGGUCUGGGCGUAUUCCAUUCCGGCGUAGAAGCAUUCGGCACUGAGUUCGCAUAUGGUGGACAUCCUUUCCCAUUUACGGGCGUCUUUGAAAUCAGUCCACGUGAUCACGACGAACUGGGCGAACAGUUUCAAUUCCGGCAGAGCAUACAAAUUGGCUGCACGGAUUUUACAUAUGAGGAAGUGCGUCGCCUUGUCGAGGAGUUGGGCAAUCAAUUUCGCGGCGAUCGUUAUCAUCUUAUGAACAAUAAUUGUAACCACUUUUCGGGCAAUUUGACACAGAUACUUUGCGGCCAAGAAAUACCCAGCUGGGUGAAUCGUCUAGCACAUUUCAGCUCCUGUGUACCCUUUUUACAAAGAUGUUUACCAAAGGAGUGGCUCACACCGAAUGCCUUGCAGCAAAGUAUAACUACAAUCCAAGAGCGCGAAGACUCGGACAACAGUCCCCUUUGAGACAUUACCUGAUCUAAAAUAUUCGUUACAUGCAGAUUUCCCAAUCGAGCGUAACUCAUCCCUGCUGUCAUCAAGACCAACAAUAACAACAAAAAUAACAAUAUUUGUUAAGUUCAAUUCGAGAGGAGAAUGCCGGGUAAUCGACACUCAUUUUUCAUUAAAGCCAAGAAAAGAAGAAAAAUUCCCAAUAGAUUGCAAAAGAAAACAAAAUAAUGUUAAUAGGUUUAUAUAUUAGGCUACAUUUAAAAGCGAAUAAAUUAUUGGCUAUUGUAACAUGUAA